AUGGGAUUCCUGUCAGUCUCUACCCACAGAGGACUUGUCCACUGGCAAGGGCUCCUGCUGGUUGUUUCGCUCUUAGCCUUCUGGAGCCAACCCACCACAGCCGAAAUCAGUAUUGUGUCGACCUAUGCUGCUGAAGGAAACGAUGCAGUUCUGCAUAUCCGCAAUAAGCUUCCUGAGAUUGUAGGCAUUGUGUGGUACAAGGGAAAAGGGGAGGACCAAAAUAAUUUAAUCACAUUUUUUAUUGCGAAAUCAAGUUUGCAUUUAAGUGGUCCUAAAAACAAAGGACGACAGGUAUUAACUGAAGAUGGAUCCUUGUUAUUGAAGAAGGUCACCAAGAUGGAUGCAGGAAUAUACACCAUAGUGGCUCACUUUCCAGAUUCAGAAACAGAAAUAGGAUUUGGAGAACUUGAUGUAUAUGAGUAUUUGAAAGGGCCUGUCCUUCGAGCUAGCAGCUAUGGAGUCAUAGAGAAUGAAGAGGAUGUAGUCUUGACAUGCUAUACAAAUGGACUCUCCAUCCAGUGGCUGUUCAAUGACAUGAGUAUAGAUUUCACAAACAGAAUGAAGCUGUCUUGGGACAGUAGAAGACUCACCAUAGACCCAGUCAAGAGAGAAGAUGCUGGGGUUUACAAGUGUAAAGCAUGGAACCCCAUCAUGAGUGUUGAAAGCCAGCCCCUUGAACUGCAUGUUCUGUAUUAG